UUGCAAUUCGACAUGAGCCCACCGAGCUCCUCCAAGAACGUCGGCGUCCGCGACCUCGUGAACGGCGGUAUCCUCCAAUGCGCCGCGACCCUUGGCAUGCCCUUUGAGGUCUGGAAGACUCGCAUGGGCCGCUACCGCACGGAGACGACGGUCCAAGCCUUCCGCAACAUCUACCAGGCCGGCGGCGCCAAGGCGUUCUGGGCGGGCACGGGCGCCAAGAUGGUCGAGUCCGGCUCCAAGGGCGCGAUCCUUCUCUUCUCGAAGGAGAUGAUUGCUAGCUCGCUCCAUACCGCCGGCGUCGGCGAGACCGCGAUUGGCUUUAUUUCCGGCGCUGGUGGUGGUAUCUGCCAGACAGUCGUCAUGGGCCCGUGCACGUUCCUCGUCACGGCCGCCGUCAACGGUGACAAGAGCAUCUCGACGACCCAGCGCAUCCAAAAUGUCUACGCGCAAAACGGCCUCAAGGGCUUUUACCCUGGUGGCACUGCGAUCGCCUUCCGCCAAGCGACCAACUGGGCGUCGCGCCAGGGGUUCACGGAGAUCAUCCGCAACCGCUUCAAGGUCAUCUUCCACGACGACCCGAACGCCAAGCUCACGGUCGCGCAAGAAGCCGGCGCCGGUGUUCUCGGUGGGGCGCUUUCGUGCUGGAACCACCCGUUCGAGGUUGCCCGCAUUCAAAUGCAGACAGCGGCCGAGCGUGGGGAGCCCAAGCAAAACAUGAUGCAAGUCUUCCGCGCCGUCAUCAAGGAGAACGGCGUUGGCGGUCUCUUCAAGGGCAUCAUCCCGCGCGUUGGUCUCGGCAUCUGGCAGACGCUCUUCAUGGUCACGGGCGCCAAGCUCGUGAAACAAGCGCUCGAGAAUGACAAGCAUUGAUAGUUGUGAUCGUUGUAAUGCAAGCCUCGUCUGUGAUCUAGAACGUUAUAACUCGCG